AUGAGAGGUUCUGGUCUUCCCCUCUGCCUUCUUUCUGCUGUGUUUUAUCUCUUCUGGACAUCUUCUGCUGGGCUAAAAACACUGCAUUUGGGAAGCUGUGUGAUCACCACAAAUCUUCAUGGAAUUCGAAGUGGAUUUUCGGAGAUUCGGGACAGUGUGCAAGCCAAAGAUGAAAUCAUUGACAUCAGAAUCUUGAGGGAGACUCAGUCUUUGCAAGGCACAAAGCCUGCAGAUCGGUGCUGCCUCCUCCAUCAUAUACUGAGACUCUACCUGGACAGGGUAUUCAAAAACUAUCAACCCCCUGACCACCAUAUCUUCCGGAAGGUCAGCCGUCUUGCCAACUCUCUUCUCACCAUCAAGAAGGACCUCCGGCUCUGUCAUGCCCAUAUGUCAUGCCCUUGUGGGGAAGAAGCAAAGGAGAAAUACAGCCAGAUUCUGAGUCACUUUGAAGAGCUUCCGCCUCAGGCAGCGGUGGUGAAGGCUUUGGGGGAGCUAGACAUUCUCCUGCAAUGGCUGGAAGAGGUGGACUAG